AAACAUGAGUAGUUGCAAAACCAUGUUGUGUUCAUCACUCUCUUCCACCUUCAAAUUCAAACCCUCUCUCUCUUCUUCUCUCCGCCGCCACAAAUCCACCUCACGAUGCUGCUACACCACACCACAAACCACCGCUAUUCCUCAACCAAACGACACAAUCCACAACAUCCUCAAUUCCAACGAAGGUGUCACAACCCUCAUGAAAAUGCAACGAAAACCACUUCAUCACCAACCUACUCAACCUCGGUGGUUCCCUUACCUUGACAGUUUUCGAUGCGAAAAUGGUUGCGAAGUUACUAGUUCUGAAGUUAUUGAAGCUGUUGGGCCAUGUAUUUCUGAAACGAGGAAGGAGAGAUUUGGAAAAGCGGUUUUGAAUAGAAGCUAUAAUGUUUGUCUUGUUGUUGAAGGGUUAUGUGAUUUUGGAAAUGUUUCGGCUGCGUUUCGGUCUGCUGAUGCUCUUGGUGUUCAGUCUGUUCAUGUUGUUUCGUCUGAUGCUAACAAAAGGUAUAAGGAUAAUCGCCAUGUAAGCAUGGGUGCAGAGAAAUGGUUAGACAUUGAACUUUGGGACUCUACAAAGGAGUGCUUUGAGAUGUUGAAAUCACGUGGUUAUCGAAUUGCAACGACUCAUGUGGGAAUCGAUGCGGUUUCUAUCUAUGACAUGGACUGGUCCUGUCCAACUGCAAUAGUAGUCGGAAACGAAAAUAGGGGUAUUAGUGACGAGGCUUUGGCAAUGUCAGAUUUGCACUGCAGUAUUCCAAUGAAAGGGAUGGUGGACUCUUUCAAUGUUUCAGUUGCUGCAGGAAUCCUCAUGCACCAUGCUGUUUGUGAUAGAAUUUCUCGCACGGGCCGUCAUGGGGAUUUGACAGUUGAAGAAAGACAAAUUCUACUGGCAGAGUUUUCGCUACGUCAUAGCAAUAGUGCGAUCAGUGUUGUCGAAGAUUAUGCAAAGCGCAAGGCAUCAUUAUUGACCUAGCAGCAUUCACACCAGGAAGUUAACCUACUAAUUGUAUGUUCGCCCAUCAUUGACAAAGAGACAGGAAAGCACUAGAUCACCCCCAUUCAUAUUCCUGCAAACUAGCUAAGCAAAUGCUAUGUUGCAUUCGCCUAAGCAUGGUGGACAGGCCUUACAGAUGAUAAUGGAGAACUCGCCAUAUAAUGCCAUGCUUCUGUUAAAACUGUAAUUUUUCCUUAAUGUGCUUACUAUCCCAAUUUUCGUAGCCAUGGGAAACGAUGCAACUUAUGUGCAAUUUUUUUUUGGUUGAGUUUUUGUUUGGUAUUAUUGACUCAUGAGGACAAGGAUUUUAUGUUCCUAGUUUGAUUCAUUUUGACAUACAGUAGUUUGUAUUAUGAUCAAGGAAACACAAAAUGUUAUGCUCAAAGAAUGAUUGAUGUGUCCUAUAUCACUAUUUGUAAAAAAUAAACGUAAAUGGUAUGCUGCUGGUUGGAAUGUCAUAUCA